CUCUGUGUACUGAGCACUGGGUGACAGCAAGUCCUCGUCUGUGGUAUGUCAAAAUUGCAUUUGAAUGAUCGGCGCACCAUAUUUUAUUUCAUUACAACAGCGUUACCCAUGUUUGCAUGCGUUAGUUGUACAUCGAACGAAGCAUAAAGUGUUUCCGUCUUAAAAGAAAUCGUAGCCGAGCACCAUGGUGGAGCAGUCGGAUCGCGCUCCGCUCCUGGACUGGGAGGAGGUUCCUCCGCCCGAACCGGUUCCGACAGUUCCGUCUUCACAGGAGGAAAACGAGUUGCAGUCCAGUCCGUCUAAUUGCCGACCCGCGGACAACUCGAUUCACGGAGCUGGAUGGAGUACCAGUCUCGGGGCUCCGGCGGGUGUAGCAGCUGUUACUAGCAGGGACUCGAGCUCGCCAUCCAAGCAGGGUGGACUAGGAGGCGAUGCUGAGAGCCCCGGGCAGGACAGUACGUUCCCGGGACUGUCCGUUAAGGACCGUACAGUAAGCGGAUGGGAGGAAAAGGACCAAAUUAUCGCCGUGUUUGUUGUCACCUUUGAUACCAGAUCAGGUAACAUGGUGGAAUGGUGCCUUCCUCAGGAUAUGAACUUAGACGGGGUGGAAUUCAAGUCCAUGGCCAGUGGCUCCCACAGAAUUGCCAGUGAUUUCAUAUACUUCCGGAAAGGCUCAUACUUUGGGCUGGCAUGCUUUGCCAACAUGCCGGUGGAGAGUGAGCUGGAGAGAGGGGCACGGAUGAAGUCCGUGGGGAUUUUGUCUCCCUCGUACACCCUGCUCUACCGCUACAUGCAUUUUCUGGAGAACCAGGUUCGGCACCAGCUGCAGUGUCCUGGCCAGUACUCUCCUCUGGAGGCCUUCUAUGAGGAUAAGAAGGCCAUUCUUCCUCCAGGAGGAAAUGGCCUGGUCACUUCCUGUCCGACCAGUGCACUCACCACCAUGGUCAAUCGCUGCAUGCACCCCGAGAUGAAGAUCACUCACCCGGCAGGGUGCAUGUCUCAGUUCAUCCGGUUCUUUGGAGAGCAAAUCAUGGUCCUGUGGAAGUUCGCUCUGCUAAGGAAACGCAUCCUCAUCUUCUCACCACCUCCGGUUGGUGUGGUCUGCUACAGAGUGUACUGUUGCUGUUGCCUUGCCAACGUCUCCAUCCCUGGGAUUGGUGGUUCGAUGCCGGAGCUCCGCCCUUUUUUCUAUAUCAACGUGGCUGACAUCACUGCCCUGGAGACAGAGCUGUCAUACGUAGCCUGUACUACGGAGAAGAUCUUUGAGGAGAAGAAGGAGCUGUAUGACUUGUAUAUAGACAACCAGAAUGUGCGGACACACAGAGAGAGUCUGCAGCCUCUGCUCCGCCUCAACAGUGCUGACAAGGAGAAGUACCGCAAACUGAGCGAGCAGAGGCAGUUGCUGCUGUACUCUCAGGAGGUUGAUGGAGACUGCGGGGCUAAUGAAGAGGACCUCUUUAUCCUGUUCUUCAUGGAGCAGAAUAACCGGAUCUUCCAGACACUGAGUGAGGUGGCUGGGAGCUCGGACCCCACGCUGACCACCGAGCACGUGAGGGCCAUGGGCUUGGACCCGCAGGGGGACCGUGGCUUCCUGGUGGACCUGCUGGAGGUGUACGGCAUCGACGUCAUGCUGGUCAUCGACAACCCCUGCUGUCCCUGAGGGGGCCACUCAGCCACUCCCCCCAUCUUUCUGGAUGUUCUCUCGACCUUUUCUUACACACACACACACACAAACAAACACACACAGACACACACACACACACACACACACACACACACACACACACACACACACACACACACACACACACACACACACACACACACACACCUCUCUUUCUUGAUCUCUCCACACUGUGGUGAACAGAGGGAUUUUCUUCUCUCCUUUUUUUCUGUUGUGUCUUUAUACUAUUUCCUCUUGCUCCUGUUUUUUUUUUCUUUCUUGUAUUUGUUGUUUUUAUCACUCUGCCUCCCCUUUCACUCUCUCUCUUUCUCUCUUUCUUUCUCUCUUUCUCUCUUUCUCUCUUUCUCUCUUUCUCUUUCUCUCUUUCUCUCUUUCUCUCUCUCUCUCUCUCUCUCUGGACCACAGGCAUGGACAGGACUUGUGAACACUGCCUGACACUCGCAGCUCUCCUGUCCAGCACCUCCUUUCAGGGCUGGGGGAGUAGGGUGCUGAUAUCUACCCUGAACUUGAACCACCACCCUGACCCCCCCCCCCCCCCCUCCCCCUCCCUGCAGACCAGCACUGAAACUGCCUGGAACUCAUCCACCCCACCCUGCCCCACCCCACCACCAUCAUGUGCUGUUCUGCUACUUCGCUGUGCUGUGAGGCCGUUACACGUUACGCCUGGCGGAUCAGUAUGCUCGUGUGGUUAGCGAGCCAACUGUUGACCCCCAACUAUCAAUCUGCAGUGCGGGGACUAUCCCAUCCAUCCUUAAAUGCUGUUGUUAUGCUAUCACUCUGUCCCUAGAUAUCCGUCUGUCCAGCUUUGGCCACGUUCUGUUGCUGUGGAGCAGUGGACUGUCCUCUCCUCAGUCUAGGUCUGUGGUCUUCCACUUUACCUGGGACUUUGGGAUCACCCAGUCACACACACACACACACACACACACACACACACACACACACACACACACACACACACACACACACACACACACCUGUCCACACACCACAUUGGAAAUACACUGGACACACAUUUCUAGCUGUCUGACGGUUACGCUCACAAACCUGUACCCCCCAUUUGACAACAAACGAUACGGCUGGAUUUCUUGUGACUGUUAACAUGCGGACAUAACGCUCUGACUCUGCUGCGGUUUUGUCUCCAAACUCUGCCCAUCGUGUAUACUGUGUACGCAAUCUUUGGCUUAGUACCUCACCCCUGUAUCAUCGUCUUCAUCUGUAUAGCAUGUAGACAGCAGGUCUCUCUGGACCUGAUCUGGAUGGACAUGACACCGAUCAUGGGCCAUGGGCAUUCCAAAGCCAGAUGUGGUUUUACUGUACACUCAUCAGGUCAUUUUCCGGUUUCGUCAGUUUUCAGCUCAAAAGGGAAUUCUCAAUUUUGCCUUUCUGCUUUUAGUCAGGUUAUUUUUCGUCUCUGCAAGCGCCUGUGACCAUGCUGUCGAUUUGACAUCAUUCGGAGUUUUCUCAGGUUGUGUUUCCUCUCUGUAUCUUUCUGCUAGAAAAAAAAACAAAUCAUAGUUGUUAUUCAAUCGGUUUCAUAGCGUACAGCUCACUGGCCCUGAUGUGAAGCUGUGCUGUUUAAAGCUGGAGCAUUCCUGACUCCUCCUGGCAUUUCCUCACUUCUUGCCAGACUUCCCUUUGUGUUUUGUGGAAGCCAUCUUUAUUAGCUUCUGAGAAACCCUGGGUCGUGCUGGGGCAAAAUGGCGGGGUGAGUGAGGUCUUUUGGACAGCUGCAUUGUGCAGGACGUUAUUCACUGGCUCACAGUACUGCGACUGUGAGUUUGUUGUGCCUGCACCAGUGUUGUGGCAGCACCAGUGUCCCUUUCCUCUGAGGACUUCUUUGGACUUAAAGGGAGACCUUGUUUUCAGGGUUUGUGUGUUAUUUAACGGUUCUGCUGGAAUGGCGAUUUGUAAAUGAACACAGAUACAUGUGACAUUAUGGCGUUAUGUUUAGUUUUCUGGUAAAUCUCCACGAAUGUGAUUCCAUGACACUAAUCAAUGAAAGCUGCACUACAACUCUGACGUGACAACAUGGAUGUGCUCAUGAUGUGUUGUGUGUGUGUGUGUGUGUGUGUGUGUUUUUGAAAUUCUUUUGGAGGGAAGAAAAUGUUCUACUGCUCCUGUGUGGUCUGGGCAGCCAGACUGUAGCAAUAGACCCUCAUCAGCAGGUGUUCUUGGUCUGUGUGUGUGUGUGUGUGUGUACGUGUGCGUUUGUUGAACUUGGGCUCAUUUGCCGUUUGGUUAAGUUAGAUUGCACCAGCUUUUAGAUGAUAUUUGUUAUAGAUUAAGUGUAAUCCUCGGCACAUUUACUGCUAUUUCUGGGCCGCACUCGGUAUGUAUUUAUGUGUGUGUCUAUAUGCUUACAGUAUCUCAGCUCCAAAGCAACCCAUAUCUCCACUCUUCCCUGAGCAAAAACUCAAAAACAAAGACGUUGUUCUCUGAGUUGGUCCCAUUGAUGUGUCUGCUGGGGAAGGGGUGUGGAGUGGGGUAUUUUUUGAGGAUUAACCCUCCUGUUCUGUUCAGACAGACCCCAUCUGUCGUGCCUGGGGUCCCUUUCACCACUGCGAUCAGUGCCUCUUCGUUUCCAUACCCAGAGAAGAGACACACACACACACACACACACACACACACACACAGUGGGUUAUAGCCUCUACUCACUUUUCACAUUUACUGGGAUGGUAAUGUUCCUUUACAAUAUUCAAACUCAAUAAAUUAGUGAAAUAUUAAUAAACAGCAACAUAAACAGGUGCAGACGAUCAGAGAAAGCAAACAUGUCCUAUUAGAGUUCAUGACUAUUGUUUUUGUGUGAGUGUGUUGGUGUUUGUGUGCAGUCUGGGCUUGAACAUGAAUUGAACCUGUUGAAUAGUGAGGUUCCAGGACUUCAUGAAGUCUCAUAAAUACAAUGCAUUUUGCGGUUAAAGCCCACCCCAUGAAUUGACUGAAAAGACACUUCUAUUUUAGUGUUAGCAUCCAUUGUCCACAGUGUUAAUGGCUCAAAAGAACCUCUUUUGCUUUAUCAUGUUUUCUGAUCAGACCAGCUAUUUCCCCAAAAGGCACUUCUGGUGGUCCCUAGAUCUGUGUAAGCUGUUCACAUCAUGUUGACCUAAUGUUCAGAUACAUGUUUUCUGUGGCUGGAUUCGACUCAUUCAAGAAUUUCCACUUCUGAGUCAGAUAUGUUUGUGUGACAUUUCCAUCCUGAUCUAAAUUUAACCCCAAUCUGUCCAAUUAAAGGGGUACCUUUUGUCUUCUGCAUCAGUAGGUAGACACAGUUGUGAUUGAAAAUGAACAUAAAGAUGCAUAAAUGAGUGAGUGAAUUACUAAUGACGAAUGAGAGAAUUAUGAUGUAUGUUAUACAUUAUAAUUUAUAGUUAUGUCAUUAUGAUGUAUGUAUAUUAUGAUGUAUGUUAUACAUUAUAAUGUAUAGUUAUGUCAUUAUGAUGUAUGUUAUACAUUAUAAUUUAUAGUUAUGUCAUUAUGAUGAUGUAUAUUAUGAUGAGCAUGACGAGUGCUGGCACUUGAUGACACAAAAAGGUAACUGAAAAAAAAAUCCCAGAUUUGUAGUCUUUGAUCUACUGAAUUUCACGAGUUAUAAAUAUGUAACAGAGCAAUAUUUAAAUUGGUAAUGCUCACAUUUGCAAUGAGUUGUUUGUAAUGAAGGGAAAGUAAAGAUGUAAAAUGGGAAUUUGCUAUUAUCUAUGUCAUGGUUCCUCCUCACUGUGCAUUCGGGCUGCAAUUUAUAAUCUGCAACGACUAAACGCUUUGUACUUCUUGACACGCUUACAGCCAGGUUUUGGCCUAAUAUUGUUUUCUUUGUGUGUCCAUGUGAAUUUCUGUAUUUUUAAGUACUGAAACGAGUAGGAAUGUACUGUACAGUUUGUAAAUAAAUUGCACCAACUGGGAGCCAUAUUUAUGUGUGUAUAAAACCGACCUCUCUAAUGUG